AUUGUUUUUAUUUUGAAGAAAGUCAUUAUUGUUUUACCUAUUUAUGCUAUUGUUUUUUCGAGCAGAAAGCUGCAAUGUUUCUUCCUAAAACCGGAACUGCAAUUGCAAUUCCAGUGUUCAGUCCAGACCCUGAAACUUCUUCGUAUCAAGCAUACAUGAAGCCGUUGCCAGAAGGACUGUGGACAACCAGUAUUUGCGAGUGUUACGAGGAUCUUUCUAAUUGUGUAUUUACCUGCUUUUGUCCAUGCAUCACCAUGGGACGAAAUUCUGAGAUCAUCAAUAGAGGAGAAAUAUCGUGCAGAUCGGCAAGCCUCCUUCACCUUGCAACGGGGGUUGUGCUUUUCGGGUGGAUAUUUGGGUCGAAAAACCGUACAAACUUGAGGCAACACUUCUCAUUACCAGAGUCACCAUUACCCGAUUGGUGCACUCACCUCUUGUGCAUGUGGUGCGCUCUUUGUCAAGAACACAGGGAACUCUUAACUCGUGGAGCUGAUCCAACCUUAGGUUGGGAGGGCAAUUUGGCCAAGUGGAAUAAGGAUGGAGUGACUCCCCCGAUUGUAGUACCACGCAUGCUACAUAUUGGUUCAUUUUUGGCACCUGCUAUAGCAGUGAACCAGAUGAUAUUUGAUGAUACCCCUAGUUAUUGUUUACCUCUUAUUUAA